AUGGAUAGUACUCAAGACAUUUGCGUUUAUGAUCAAGCAACCAUUUGCCUACGAUACAUAUAUAAUGGUAAAAUAACAGAAAGGCUUUUUGCACUUACAAAAGUUACGAACUCUUCUGGAAAAGGAUUUUUUGAUAUCUUGAGUGAAUGCUUUUUAAAACAUGGAAUUCAAAUGAGAAAUAUAAUUAGAGAAUCAUUUGAUGGUGCUGCAAAUAUGCGGGGGGAAUUUGUUGGGUUGCAAGCUCUUAUUAGACAAGAGGCUCCAGGUAGCUUGUAUAUUUGGUGUUAUAGUCACAUAUUAAAUCUCUGCAUAUGUGAUUCAUGCGAUAAUAAUGAAGGCAAAAUUUUAUUUGGAUUAUUGAACAGACUAGCAACAUUCUUUGGUGAAUCAUAUAAAAGGAUGGACGCUUGGGUGAAACAGAAUAACUCAACUGGCCAAAAUAAACUGAGAAGACUGCAAAAAAUAGGUGAGACAAGGUGGUGGGCACGUGAAAAAGCUCUUAAAUGGACAUAUGGCAAAGAGAGCUUACUUCCAAUAACGAUAAGUGCACUUCGAUUUAUAAUAGAUAAUAAAUCAUUUGAGGCAAAAACCUCAUCAGAAGCGCAGUCGUUGAUAGAUAAUUUAUGUAAAUUUAAGACUCUUAGUACAGCUCUUACGGAGAGUAUCUGUGUACAGACUGCUCUACCAAAAAUUCGAAUAGGACGAGCAAAGAGAAUAUAUAGUGAUGAAGGCCAGGAUAAACGUCCUCAAGAAUCGAUUGACCUUUAUAGGGUUGAAGUAUUUCGUCCUAUAAUUGAUCAAAUUAUAAACAGUUUGUCGGAACGCUUUUCUGCAAAUAGAGAGCUUAUUUUGAAUGUGCGAUAUUUGCAUCCAAGGCAUUUUGAUUACAUAAAUAGUAAAGGUAUUUCUGAAAUGGCCUUGGAAAAACUGGCGCAAUUGGCAAAUAUAUCGAGUGAUAAAUUACAUAACGAAUUGUGUUCAUUUUAUAGUGUAUUCAAAGAUUUAAUAGCAGAAUUAAAUGAAACGGACGAUGAUAUCUUAUGUACAAGUGAGGAGUCGAAUGAAGAAGAUGGAAUACUACAAUAUGAUAAUAACUCGAAGUGUGAUAAAUGUAACAAUUGUUUAAUAUGCGUGUAUGAAAUUCUUAAGAGGUUAAUUGCGAGAGAACAUUUAGCAAUGAAAAUUAUAAAAAAAAGGCUGAGAGCUAAUAUAGGCCAAGAAAAAUUAGAAGCGUUUUUAAUGAUGUCAGUUGAACGAGAACUAUUAUCGCAGAUUGAAAUAGAAGAUAUUCUUGAUCAAGAGGACAAUGACUUGAGUCAAACUCAAAGCUCUUUUUCAGAAGCUAAUACGUCUUCUUCUUCAAUAAUACAAAAUAAUAAUUUCAAUAUUAAAGAUAUGUUUAUAAACACACCUAACAAAUCUCGACGGAAAUGUGUCUACUGUGAUAAAAUCUACAGUCUUCAUACGGCUACAAAUAUGCCACCCUGA